AUUCACUUAACUACAUAUUCUCACAAUUCUUAGUUUUCUCACAACUCCAAUGGCUUCCCCACUUCCCGUCCUUCUCCUUCUCCCUCUCGCUGCCCUCGCCCUCUACUGCUCCUCAGUUUGUGGUGAGGAGUUUGAAGGACAAGGGGUGACCCAGGGCUUCCAAUGCUUUGACAACAACCUUAUAUACAAUGGGUGUGAAAGUGCAUAUAGGUUGAACCCAAGUGGGAAUUUGAAUGUCCCUCUCCAGGCUACUAAUUUGUUUUGCAAUGGACCAUGCCUCAUUGAAACACAACUUCUACUUAACUGUCUCGAUCAUGCGUUCGAUAACUUCUUGUUCUACAACAAAGCCACCGUGCUUGCCGUUCAAAACGCCCUUCGUGCUGGAUGCAGCUACUCAACCCAAAGAGGGAACUUCAAUCCAGGAUAUUUCAUGCAAGGCGAAAUCAGCAAAGGCCACACCUUACAAAAAUGGGUCACAUUAUAUUAUGUUCUUUUUCUUAUUGGGUGUUGUUUCAUAUUAUAAGCUAUCACACUACCCUUCAACUUCGUUCAAUUUCAAUAUUCGUUCAU